AUGUCUUGCAUGCACGGAAGCGGAUCCUUCGACUUCCUCUCGUUGCCCCUGGACGAGGGGUCCUUCCCCGCGGUGACGGAUGAUCUACAGCACGAAGACGACAAGGACGUGAUGGAGCAGGAGAUCUUCGUCGAGAAGCUGUUCUGCCCGUCCCCACCUCUGUUCCCCGAGUCUACCUCCGAGGAGGACAACGAUGGGUUCAUGGAUGAUGAGAGCUACGCGCAGUCGAGCGUCGAGCUGACGACCGACGACUUGAACCACAACAGCAACAGCCCGUCCGACGAGGACGAUGGCGAUGUGGAGGUUGACUGCGCAGACGAUGAGAUUAUCUCCGCCUUCAUCGGCGUCAACGUGAAGCCCAACGCGAGGAGACGCAUGCAGGAUCUGCAGAGGCUGUUUUGGAAGCUCAACAAGCGGAAGGUAAUCCAGCUGAUCUCGCACGAGGAGGUGAAUCAGAACUGCGUGCUGGGCUUCUCGGAGAUCCUGGUAGAUGACCUUGGCGAGUUCAACUCGUCGAUCAGGAACCUGGUACUCAAGGACGAGUCUCACUGCUGGCUCAUGAAUGGGCGCGAAAGCAUCAAGGAGCCGACAUGGCCUGUCUACGAGAUCCUGCGACAGAUCGGCAUCAAGCCUGUCAAGGGCAUGCGGGGACCCAAGCACGGGGACCCGGGAAAGCGUGAUUUCAUGUACUACACCAAGUACGAGUUCUGCAGAGAGCUCAUGCUCAAGAACCGCUGCAGGCUGCAAGCAGGGUUCAUCGGGAGAGGGCGAAGAAACUAUUUCUGA